AACAAAUGCAGCAGAGCCCGAGUUUAUACUACUAUAAUCAAUAUAAAGCUGCGACCGAACCAACGUCGACAGCUGCUCAACAGUCAUUUCCAUACAACCCAGAGUACCAGCUUAGACCAAUAGAUACUGGAUAUAGACAGACGACCCUCAAUAAUGAUAAUGAAAUAGAGAAGUUAAAUGGUAGACAUCCUAUCGAUCUAGCACAAGUUGCUUAUGAUGAUAAAGUCUACGUUAUACCACAAGGUGAAUCUGAGAAUCUUCGUUUGAAUAGAGAGCAUGAACUGUUUAAAUUCAUCAUUGGUGGUCUCUGGUGGGGUCCACUUAGUGAAGUCGUAUCUCGAACUACGCGAGCUGGCAAAAAGGGUGUCAUAGGUGACUGGGGAGCAGGCACUGGUAUAUGGGCAAUGGAACUAGCUCAACAGUUUCCUGGUGCAGAUACGCAUGGUAAUGAUAUACAAUGUAUCACACCAAUAAGAGGACGACAAGUGCCACGUAACUGUUUCUAUAGAUGUGUUGACAUAACAAAGGAUCUCACAUUAGCAUACCAGCCGGAAAGUUUUGAUGCCAUACAGAUAAGAUGUUUAUACGCAGCUAUACAAGAUUAUCCAGCAUUAUUGAGAGACAGUUUACCUUUACUUAGACCUGGUGGAUUAUUACUCCUCAUGGAACCAAAAUGGACUACAGUUAGUCGUUCAAAAACAGCUGGACCAUGUUGUCGUACACUUGCUACAUGGAUUGAGCAGCUAUUCGUUGAAAAAGGUCUCGAUCCUGGUCUUGAUGGUAACAAACUCGAAAGUUACGUUAGAGCAAGUGGUGAAUUCGAUGAAGUUAAGAGUAAAGUUUUCCACGCACGUAUAGGUGCAUGGCCGGCGUAUUCGGGAGUUGACCUGCCAAAUCGACACGUCGCACAUUUAUUUGCAGAUGAUCUAUUAAAUCUCUUUAGAUCGUUUAUACCCAUUUUUCUUAAAAGAGGUUACUAUGAGCCUGAUAUCAAUAAUAUAAUAGCGAGAGCUGCCAAAGAGACGACUCUGACAAAGUACAGAAUUGUUGAAGAACUACAUUACACCUACGCAAUCAAGAGGCAGUAAAUCUGCUAAUAUACUUAUUUUAUGUUUUUGUAGAGACUAUCA